AUGAGGGACAUGCCCUACAAUGGUGAAAAGGAAGGUCGACAGGGAAUAGUCAAUAUUUGGCAGAGGGGACUUGAAGAUUCAAAAGAACCCACUGUAGAACCAACUCCACCACCACCUCAAGCAUCUCAACAAACUUCAUUACAACCUCCUUCACAGUCUUCGCCACAGCAAUCUACACAAUCUGCAUCGCAACAUCCUUCACAGUUAGAACCUCCUCCUAUUGUUGUCAGGGAUGUCACAGUUGGGGCUCUCUCGAUGGAGGUUGAUUACCCAGGGGGCACUGAGCCUAUUAUUGUCCCUUCUGUCUUUAGCCCUCAACCAUCACCAUCUAACUCCUCAAAUUUCCAAACUUCAAACAAAGAAUCAGAGAGGAUUGAUUUUGACAUUUCAAUCAACAUCCAAUCCUCUCCAACAGAUGACAAUACAAAAUCCCCUCAACCAGAAGUUCACAAUAACCAAGGUAAAUAG